AUGUCCGGCCAUGAAAAGGCCUUCGAGGCCUCUGUCCUGGCCUCACCACCGGCGUCGGACUCGGAAGCCGUGUCGGACCAUUCUCCGAAUGCCAACAGCCCAGACUCCCGUACCGUUGUCAACCGCGAGUGGUCCACCAAGGCGUCCUUCUGGCGCUGGUUCCACCCCAACGACGGCCCUGCCGAGCGCCGGUUGGUGACGAAGCUUGAUGUGUCGAUCCUGACGUUUGCGUGUGCCGGCUUCUGGGCUCUGUACAUUGACCGCGGCAUGUACAACAAUGCGUACAUCAGCGGCAUGAAGGAGGACCUCAAGUUUUACGGCAACGAGUAUGUGCAAAUCAACUCGAUUUUCCUGAUUGGCUACGCCGUCAGCAUCAUCCCCUUGACGCUGGUCAACACGCGCGCGCCGCCCCAGAUCGUCAUCCCCGUGUGCAUGGCCGUCUGGGGCCUCGCAACAUCGCUCGGCGCACGGGCGCAGUCCUACGGCGAGCUGGCCGGCUACCGUUUCCUGGUGGGCCUGGGCGAGGGCGCCUUCUUUCCGUCCAUUCAUUAUGUGUUUGGGUCCUGGUAUCGCCCGGACGAGCUGGCGCGGCGGUCCGGGCUCUUUUACGUGGCGGGCAGCGUGGGAACCAUCUCGACGGGGUUCCUGGCGGCGCGAAUCUAUGACGACCUCGAUGGCGCCCUCGGGCGCGCGGCGUGGCGCUGGAUGUAUCUGGUCGGCGGCGUCAUUGCGCUUCCCAUUGCUCUCUUUGGCGUCCUCACCUUUCCUGGCACGCCGCAGCACCCCAACAAGCGGCUGUUCCGCGAAGACGAAUUGGCGCUCGCCCGCGCCCGGCUGGCGGCCAUGAGCCGGCGGUCCACCCGGAAGGCGUCGCUGGUGUUUUCGCUGUCGUCGGUCCGCCGCUUCGUCGGGCGCUGGCACUUUUGGGUGCUGGUGCCCUGGAGCAUAAUCUACCAGCAGGGCUACCUGGCCAUGCUCCAAGGCACGUACACGCUGUGGAUCAAGUCGGUGGCCGGCAGCCACCACUACUCCACGGCCACAGUCAACAACCUGACGGCCGUGCCGCCCUGCGCCGCCAUCGUGGCCAUUGUCCUCUUUGCCUGGGUGGCCGACCGGUUUGGCGUCCGCGCGCGUCUGCCGCUGUUUGCCCUGGCGCACGCCGUUGCCUUUCUCGGCCUGGUCGCCUUCGUCGCGUACGACCACUCGCCCUUUGCGUACAAGUGGUUUGGCGUUGCCGUCAGCAAUGUCGAGAACGCCAUGGUGCCCGUGAUGUACUCAUGGGCGAACCUGAUCUGCACCGACGACGCCGAGGAGCGCGCAUUUGUCCUCAGCGCCAUGCUGGCAUUUGCCAUGGCGUUCAACAGCUGGGUGCCCAUCCUGUCCAUGCCCACGGUGGAGGCGCCGCGGUAUUUCAAGGGCUACUUGGUGUGUCUGCUGAUGCAGCCGGUCGCACUCGCCAUGGCGUUUCUGGUGGACUAUCUUCACCGAAGGGAGGUGCAGAAGAAGGCGAGGGCAGCAGGAGACGAGGCAGACGGCAGUAAAGGCAGCCUCCUCGUCAUUGAUGAGCUUCUUCGGGUGGCCACUCCCCUGGGCCGCGGCAUCCACCAGCAGCUGCGCAUGGCAUGUCUUGUCGAGGGACAAGAACCAGAAAGCGGCCUCGUCGACACUGCGGCCAACCGUCAGCAGGCCGUGGUUCUGCAGGAUGACGGCUUUGUUGUCCGCGCCCAAGACAGCCGCGAUUCGUCGUCCUUCCUCCCGAUCGAGGACAAUGCCACCAAACUGGUCGUACACGGCAUGACUCUUAUAGAAUCGGAGGGCAUCCUGCGUAAUCAUAUCCAGGGGCCGCCCAAAGGCGCUAAAUGCCUUGCCGUAGACGGAGUGCGCGUGGCAGGCGGCGUGCACGUCCGGCCGCGCCUUGUGGAUUUCCGAGUGGAUGGCAAACGCGGCGGCAUUGAUGGUCUCGCCGCCCUCGACGACGACGCCGUCUUCGCUGACGAGAACGAGGUCGGACACGCUGAUUUGCGAAAAGUGCAUCGACAGAGGGUUCAGCCAGAAAUGGUCGGUCAGAAUCGGAUCGCGCACCGACACGUGGCCGGCCACGCCCUCGUCGAAGCCGCGAUCGGCAAACACGCGAAAGACAGCCGCCAGAUGCUGCUUGCGGUAUAG